CCUUUUAGCGCGUCGUCAACACCCGACCACCAAACACUAAGACUGGCAUCUUUGUCUUUCCUGCCAAAGGACGACGCUCUUUUUAUUCCCUUCUCCCCACGUCAGACUGUUGGCUUGAUUCUAGCACUUUCCCAUAGAGCUUUGAUACCCCCCCUCAGUUGCACCACCCGCCACCCACCACCCACCAACGCGCGAUCUCACUCGUCCUCAGCAACGUUGCCUCGCUUGCCUGCCAGGGCGGCCCUUUCUACCGCCUGGCACCACCCCUUGAACAGCUGCCGGCGCGCACAUCCAUAAGAUCGCCCUCCUCCGGGCAUAACACGGGCCGCCAUCAUGUCUAGUGCGAAUAGUAUCAAGGUUGUGGCCCGGUUCCGGCCGCAGAACCGGAUCGAGCUCGACUCGGGCGGCCAGCCCAUCGUGAGCUUCGAUGGCAACGACACAUGUACCAUCGAAUCCAAGGAGGCACAGGGCUCCUUCACGUUCGAUAGGGUGUUUGACAUGUCAUGCAAACAAUCCGACAUCUUCGACUUCUCCAUUAGACCCACCGUCGACGACAUCCUUAAUGGUUACAAUGGCACCGUCUUCGCAUACGGGCAAACAGGUGCCGGGAAAUCUUACACCAUGAUGGGCACGAGCAUAGACGACGAAGAAGGCCGAGGUGUCAUCCCCCGAAUAGUGGAGCAGAUAUUUGAGAGCAUCUUGUCCAGCCCGCUGAAUAUCGAGUACACUGUCCGAGUCAGUUACAUGGAGAUCUACAUGGAGCGCAUUCGAGAUCUUCUGGCGCCGCAAAACGACAAUCUGCCGGUGCAUGAGGAAAAGAACCGUGGCGUCUAUGUCAAGGGCCUGCUGGAGAUCUACGUUUCCAGCGUCCAGGAAGUCUUCGAGGUCAUGAGGAGGGGUGGAAACGCCCGGGCAGUCGCUGCGACCAACAUGAACCAGGAGUCGUCACGUUCACACUCCAUCUUCGUCGUCACCAUCACCCAGAAGAACGUCGAGACGGGCUCGGCCAAGAGCGGCCAGUUAUUCUUGGUGGAUUUGGCCGGUAGCGAGAAGGUUGGCAAGACGGGUGCUAGUGGACAGACGCUGGAGGAGGCAAAGAAGAUUAACAAGAGCUUGAGUGCUCUGGGGAUGGUUAUCAACGCUCUGACGGACGGCAAAUCCUCGCACAUCCCCUACCGCGACUCUAAGCUCACCCGAAUAUUGCAAGAGUCGCUGGGUGGUAACAGCCGGACGACCCUUAUCGUCAACUGCUCGCCCAGCAGCUACAACGAUGCCGAAACCCUGGGUACCCUGCGAUUCGGCAUGAGAGCCAAGUCGAUCAAGAACAAGGCCAAAGUCAACGCCGAGAUCAGCCCUGCAGAACUCAAGGCCAUGCUCGGCAAGGCCAAGACACAGAUCACGUCCUUUGAGAACUACAUCGUCAACCUGGAGGGCGAGGUACAGCUAUGGCGUGCUGGAGAGACCGUCCCGAGAGAGAGAUGGGUCCCGCCGCGAGGCACGGAUGGCGUGUCGGGCGCGAAGUCGGAUGCCAGGGCCCCUCGGCCUUCUACGCCGUCGCGGCUGGUGCCCGAGAGCCGGUCUGAGACGCCGGCUAUCUCGGAACGGGCGGGGACCCCGAGUCUGCCGUUGGACAAGGAUGAGCGGGAAGAGUAUCUACGCCGUGAGAAUGAACUCCAGGACCAGCUGGCGGAGAGAGAGUCCCAAGCUACCGCCGCAGAGAAGCAACUACGGGACACUAAGGAGGAAAUGACCUACCUAAAGGAACACGACAGCAAGCUGGGCAAGGAAAACGAGAAGCUAAUCAGCGAUGUCAAUGAAUUCAAGAUGCAGCUCGAGCGCCUCGUCUUCGAGAGCAAGGAGGCUCAGAUCACCAUGGAUGGUUUGAAGGAGGCCAACAGUGAGCUCACGGCGGAGCUCGACGAGGUGAAACAACAGAUGUUAGACAUCAAGAUGAGCGCGAAGGAGACAAGCGCGGUCCUGGACGAGAAGGAGAAGAAGAAGGCGGAGAAGAUGGCCAAGAUGAUGGCUGGAUUCGACCUUAGUGGGGACGUCUUCAGCGAAAACGACCGUGCCAUUGCAGACGCCAUUGCGCAGCUGGAUGCGUUGCAUGAGAUGAGCUCGACGGGCGAUCCCAUUCCGCCGGAUGACCUCCAAGCCCUGAAGGAGAAACUGAUUGAGACGCAAGGGAUCGUGCGACAAGCCGAGCUCGCCGCGUACAGUGUGUCAUCGAGCGAGGCGGAGGCGCGCAGGCGAGCAGAGCUCGAGUCGCGGUUGGAGACGCUACAAGAAGAAUACGAGGACCUUCUGGCACGCAACCUCGGCGAGGGCGACCUCGAAGAGGUCAAGGGACGACUAUCCAAGACGCUCGAGAGCAAGCAUAGCGCCCAAGCCGAGCUCGUCGACGAGCUCAAGGAGGACAUCGCCCGCAAGUCGGCCGAGAACGAGCGGAUGAAGGCCCUCAUCGAGGACAUGCAGCGCCGAGUUAAGACCGGCGGCGCUACGGUGCCCAUGGCCAACGGCAAGACGAUCCAGCAGCAGCUAGCCGAGUUCGACGUCAUGAAGAAGAGCCUCAUGCGUGACCUCCAGAACCGGUGCGAGCGCGUCGUCGAGCUGGAGAUCUCCCUGGACGAGACUCGCGAGCAGUACAACAACGUGCUGCGCAGUAGCAACAACCGCGCCCAGCAGAAGAAGAUGGCCUUCCUGGAGCGCAACCUCGAGCAGCUGACACAGGUGCAGCGGCAGCUCGUUGAGCAGAACUCCAGUCUCAAGAAGGAGGUCGCCAUCGCCGAGCGCAAGCUCAUCGCGAGGAAUGAGCGGAUCCAGAGCCUGGAAAGCCUGCUCCAGGAGAGCCAGGAGAAGAUGGCUCAGGCCAAUCAUAAGUACGAUACCAACUUCACCGCUCCCCCUCAUUUCCCCUUUCAACCAUGUCAAAUGCCUUCCUGUUCGCAUGCUAACCCACUCACUUCUAGAUUCGAGGUCCAGCUCGCGGCCGUCAAGGACCGCCUGGAGGCCGCCAAGGCUGGCAGCACUCGGGGCCUGAACUCGCCCACGGGCAUCGGGGGGUUCAGCAUCGGCAGCAGGAUAGCGAAGCCGCUCCGCGGGGGCGGCGGCGGCGAGACGGCGACCAACCCGGCCAUCGCCAACCUGCAGAACCCGACCGAGAAUAAGAGAUCGAGUUGGUUCUUCAACAAAUGAGGCCGGGUUGUAUCACGGAUGAUGAUGCCCCCAUGAUCCUAUCAUCUGGUUUACCUAGCCAAGCAAGAAACCUCCAUUCUGCACCUCCCUCACGUGUUAUUUCCUUGUGUUCAAUAUAACAAGAGAGGUUCAUAGACUCGCGGUAGUCCAGACUAGCCUCAAGAGGGCCCCUGGAGGCGACGGAGAAUCGAUUUAUACCUCAAAGCUUUUUGGUUAAGUGAGGGACGGAGGGGCCGAAGUUGACAAGUCCGGGUUUCAUUUCUCAAUUCUCCCCCCUUUUACGAUAUGGCAAGUUUGCAAGGGUGGCGAAGGCGGGCGGGGUCUGCAUGGGAAGGUGGGUGGUGAUUGGGGCGGGGUUGGAGGCAUUUUGUCCUUAAUAGCACGUCUCCCUGGAGCCAGG